UUCAGUGAUACCCAUCAGACUGUGACGAUCCUGUAUCUGCCACAUGUGCGUCUUUCUCUAUGACCCUGACCAUCGGGUUAUCGUCUGCCAGCCGUGCGGGACAUGUCUGGUCCCCAAGGCGGCAAGUUGGAGGAGCCACCUGCGGGCCGAGCCGCACCGAAUGAGGGGCGACGAGCUAAGGACGACCAUUGAGCUCUUGUUGAGUUACGACCUGCGCCCAGUAGACGAGCUCCGGCAGUGGAGGCCAGAUAGGACGAGACCCUGCCGGCCGAUCGAGGGUCUCGCCGUCUUUACCGGCUACUGCUGCACGCGCGAUGGCUGCAACUACUGCACACGGAGGCUCGCCAAGAUGCACCAGCACAUGCCAGCACAUGGUAUGAAGGCCUCGCAGCACAGGGAGGCCGUCCCCCUCUGGCGAGGCUGCAGGCUCCAGACGUAUUUCACGGCAAAAGGGCGCAUCGAUUACUUCAUCGUCGAGGAUCCGUCGUCAUCGUCAGCGUCGAGAGGGGAGGCGGCAGUGCUUGGAUUACUCACGCCGCUGUUGUCACAGGAGGAGGGGAAUCUGUUUAAUAGGUUAAAGGCAGAUAUUGACCAGGCAUCACGCGACCUGGAUGAGAAGGCCGGGGUCGUGCAGGACGCCGAGGAGUCACGAGCAGACCGAGUCCCGUGGCUCGUCCAUACCGGGUUCCCUACCCACAUGCGGGAGCUCCGGGAUGCCGAGAUCCAGUCGUCGUACUCGCUGCCUCCGAAGAAGCUCCUGGACGGGGACGGUGGCGGUGAAGGGGAGGACGACUCGGACCUCAUUCGCAUCCUUAUCGCGGCUGAGGCCACCUUCAGGGACGCGUAUAGACUCUGCAGCAACAAGUCACUCGAUAGGAAGAUGACACAGCAGCGGGCCAAGAGGUUGAACGAGUUUCGUGAUGCCGGCGGCUCGAGCAACGGCAAGCCCGGCGGGUUCCGCAGUUUUAAGAACGAAUCCUCGCUGACCUCGUACUUCCGGAGGAUGAAGCAACUUCUCGUUUACUAUUACCGGGUCGUGUUCUACGAGGACGGCCACUUCACGAGGGAGAAUGAGGACCAAGUGUUGCCGCGGGACGUCAUCGAACCAACACCUCAGCAGGAGCGGGCUAUGCAAGGCAUCAUCGACGCCCUGCGAGAGCAAGACGAGAGGGCGAAGGAAAAGCCAGCCAACAGAGAGGAAGGGGAAGACGACGACGAGCGCGACGCUGAGCUGAAGCAUGCCGUUCGCAACUUCUACGUAGCCCUGAUCUGCCAGACGGUCGGGAGCAGGCCGUUCCGGUCCACCGUACUAAGCUUCUGCGCCAUGCUCAGCCGGAAGAAGGUCUUGAAACGGCAGGAGGCGAAGGAUGGUGAACGGCUCAAGCAGGGCGUCUGGCACGAGCCAGGGAACUUCAAUAGCAACUUAUCCGCACUCACCUGGACUGCUCAGCUCAUCCUGUUCGACUUCGUGUGCUUCCACAAGCAGGACGACGAGGACGGGAUACCAGAACUGCUGGAGAAGAUGUGCAAAAGGUACUUCCAGCAGAUGGCAGAGACGCCAUUCGGUCAUAUCCUGCAGUGGCGGCUCUACCUUUUCGCUGCCUCUAGAACCGCUUUCACUAAGAAUCAGGCUCGCUGGUCUCUCGACGGCCAGACGAUCGACUACAAGGGAACCAAGCUGCACAUGGAACAGGUGUCACAGCUGGUCGUGUCGGAGUUUCGCCAGGCGCAUUCGCUUCUGUAUGGUGAGCUGUUAUUCGGUGCGAAUGAUAUUACACCAAUCGAAGCGUGGAGACUACAUGAUGACCUCGACCUCGACGACUACGGCGGCUCGUGGCUGACGGACGAAAGGAACGCCGAGAUCCUGAGUGGUACGCAGCAUGCUCUACUCCGCCACAUCGAGGAGAGGGCUGAGCUGCGAGGGGUCUACGUGCGGACCGAUCAAGGUGGCAGGCUGCGCCUAUGUCCGAAAGCAAUAGCCUGCUACGAGGCGCACGUGCAAGAGUUCUUGAAGCGGAUGGUGACGCUCAUCCAUGUUCCACCGGCUCCUCCAUUGCGGGCGCCGGAGCUGCUUUCCGUCACCUACACCAACACAGGUCGUCGUCGAUGCAUAUUGAUAUGGGAGAAGAUGGUCAUGGUGUACGUGCGGUAUCACAAGAGCCAGGAACAGGUUGGUGCCGAGACGGAGAACAUCCGCUUCUUGCCCCGCGCCAUCGGAGAUCUGCUCUUGACAUAUGUGGCUCUGGUGCAGCCGCUGCGCCAGGUCUUCCUUCGCCAGAGCAAGCCCGGCGCCCUGCUGUCGCCGUACCUGUGGUCGAGCCUGGACGGCGAGGUCUGGAGGGACACGACGGUCUCAUCCUGCCUUCGCAAGGCCUGCGCACGCGCCGAGGUGCCGCAGUUCCAGGUGGCGUGGUGGCGCCAGGCUGCUGCUUCCAUCACUAAGGAGAAGUUCAGCGCCAAGGAGCGGGCCAACUUCGACCUGGAGGAGAUUGCGGCCGCUGAGGAAGUUGAGGAUGAGGCGGCCCUCGCGGACCUGGCCGGAAUGAGCAACCACAGCUACCGCACGUUCAACCAUGCCUAUGCUGGCAGCACGACGCUGACAAUAAGCACGCUGCUCCAUCGUGCCUACCGGGCAUCGCAGAGCUGGCGCACCCUGUUCCGGGUCGAUCAACUUCUCCAGGGGAAGCGGCCACAGACGGUAUCAGAGACGCAGGCGCAGGGGUUGCUCAAUGCUUGCAAGAAGGCGCGGUUUCGCACAAGGCCUACGGCGAGGGAGGACGGCCUCCAGGUCAUCGUCGUCCUUGCGACCGGGUCCGGUAAGACACUAAUAGUGAUGGUUGGUGCUGCGCUCGAGGGUGCUGCGACGACCAUAUUGAUAUUACCUACAGUGGCCCUUCGCGGUAAUAUGCUCGUUCGCCUCGGCAAGGUUGAGCUGAAAUACUACGUGUGGUCGCCAGGCUCGUUCAAGUCGGCGCCGCUGGUCAUCAUGUCGGCCGAGGCCGCCUGCACGGAAAGUUUCCUGGAGUAUGCCAACAGACUUGCGGACCGACAGCGGUUGGACCGGAUCGUGAUUGACGAGUGCCACCUGACUAUCACGGCGAACGACUAUCGGUGGUGCAUGUCGCAGCUGGGCGGGUUCGUACGAAGGGUUCAGACGCAGACGGUCUGGCUGACGGCGACGCUCCCGCCAGACUACCAAGAGCUCUUUAUCGAGCAUAACAAGCUUGUUCGGCCGCGUAUAGUCAGGGAGUCAACGAAUCGUCCGAACAUCCGGUACAUCGUACGGCGUGAGCGAGGCUUGGGCACCUUAUGUCAGAGGGCGGCUCGUCUUGUCCAAACUUGCUGGACCCGGAAGGACCUCUUCGAGAGCGAAAGGGAUAAGAUCAUCUUGUACUGUCAGACGAAAGAGCUCGUGGCGGAGCUUGCCGACCUGCUGGGGUGCCCGUCGUACACGGCUGACUCUGGUACGGAGGAGGAGAAGGGGGCGGUCAUCGAGCAGUGGCUCAGUGCUACGGACCCGCCUGCUGUUGUAGCCACAUCUGCGCUGGGCCCCGGCUUCGACCAUCCGCACGUACGGUGGGUCAUCCAUGUUGGCGCCCCGAGCCUGAUGACGGAUUUCUCACAGGAAUCAGGCAGGGCCGGUCGGGAUGGCAAAGUAGCAGAAUCUAUCGUCUUACUUAGUGCGACCUGGAGACCGCAGCUGGACCGGCAGCUGGGCGCAGACCAGGAGGCCAUGCAGCUAUACCUCACGCAGCAGCAGUGUUCGCGCGGCAUUAUGAGUCAAUUCCUCGAUGUGCGGUCGGACUGGAGGUGGUGCAUGGAGGGCGAUGAGCUUUGCGGCGUCUGUCCUAACCAUCAUACCGAACGGCGGCCAUCCCAUCUUGAGUUCCAUAUACCGCAGCCCCAGGCGGGAGAGGCAAGCGAGAGCGAAGUUGAGCAGAGCUCCAUGGCCGGUGAGAUGGUUUUCACCGGGCCCAGUGAGGUUCUUCGUCAGGCCCGAGUUUCCAAUGAGGUACUGAGCCGAUACGAGAGGGAUCUUGAGACAAUGAUGGGCUGUUGUCUUUAUUGUCGGGUGGAGCGGAGAUCGUUUGAGCAUGCAGCCACAGCGUGCGCGCGGCGCCAUGAUUGGAUUCGGGCGAAGCAAAAGGCGCUUCGAGACUGCCAAAGUCAGGACAAGGAGUGGAUGGACCGAUAUGCUGUCUGCUGGAUGUGCUAUCAGCCACAGGAGAUUUGCCGGGCGGCGGACCCGGAAUAUGACGGAGAUAGCACAUGUCGGUUCCCGGAUAUGGUCAUGCCGCUCUGUUUUGGGGCUUUCAGUCGUCCCGGCCGGACUAAGUGGUUUUCGAAGCACUUUAACCGAACAUUCAAGACUUGUCAGGAGUAUAUGCUGUGGCUGGGGAAGACUACAUCGCUAGGAGGGAGCAGGUGUGCACAGGCAAACUGUGUAGCAGCGCUUUUAUUAGCCGAGCUUGGGUGAAAUAUGCCGUCAAAAAUAGACAGUUGCUUCAUUUGGGUUAUUAAAAGCAGCCGUAUAAAGCCAUAUAUAUACCGGCAACCGGUAUAAACUCUUAGAUUGGAGAGAUAGAAAAGCUAG